AUGGCUACCGAUCAAGAAUUGCAGCACAUCUGGACCUGGAACGGUACAGUACCGGAGACGGUGAACGAAUGCGUGGGGGACCUACUCACCAGCCGGGGUCAGCCAGAUGCAACGGCCAUCUGUGCCUGGGAUGGCGAACUGACGUACUCCGAGUUGGACACACUCUCAUCACGCCUUGCCCACCAUCUGAUGGGUAUGGGAGUCGGCUCCGAUUCGAUUGUUCCUCUCUGUUAUGAGAAAUCGCGUUUUAUGCCAUUGGCUAUGCUCGCGGUGAUGAAGGCCGGUGGCGCAUCUUGCACAAUCGAUGUCACGCAGCCGGAGGCGCGAUUGCGCGUCAUCAUGGAGCAGAUCCAGCCGCAAGUGGUGCUAUCUUCGGUCGAAAAUAGACAUCUAGCCAAGAGUCUAAUGUCUGCCAAGGGCGAGACAAGCAUCGUGGCGGUCGACAUGGAUUUCUUGGACCAAUUACCCGUGACUCUCGGUUCGCGGAUACUACCGCCACCAUUAGCCACACCCUCAAGCACCCUGUACAUUGUCUUUACCUCUGGCAGCACAGGCACCCCCAAAGCAGUGGUGAUUACACACAGCAACUUCAGCAGCGCACUCAUCCAUCAGACUUCCCAGCUGGGCUUCUCGAGAAGCUCAAGAGUGCUGGACAUGGCCUCGUAUGCUUUCGAUGCGGCAUGGUACAACGUAUUUCACACCUUGUACGCAGGUGGAUGUCUUUGCAUACCAUCAGAGAGUGAUCGGCGAAGCGAUCUGUCUGGGUGCAUUCGACGUCUUCGACCAAACUUUGCCAACCUGACGCCAAAACUAUGCGAGUUUCUGGAUGAUGACGCGCUGCGCAUUCUCGACCUUGUUGAGCUGGCUGGAGAGCAAGCUGACGCAAGGACAGUCAGCCGGAUGCGGGAACUUACAAGGGUGCGAUUCGCCUAUGGUCCUGCCGAGUGUUCAAUCCUCUCCACCGUGUCCACAGAAGACGCCUCGUGCACCAACAUUGGACGUGGCUUGGGAAUAUGUACGUGGGUGGUGAACGCUGACGAUACCGAUUGUCUUGUGUCACCGGGCGAAAUCGGGGAGCUCUGGAUAGAAGGUCCCCUUGUUGGGCAAGGAUACCUGAAUGACACUGAAAAGACAGCAGCAGCAUUCGUUGACGAUCCUCCAUGGCUCUUAAGGGGCGCCCCCGGCAUCCCUGGCCGCUCUGGCCGACUUUACCGCACUGGAGAUUAUGUUCGGUAUGAUGAAAAAGACGCGUCAUUGCUGUUUGCUGGCCGGAAGGAUGCGCAGGUCAAGAUCAACGGACAGCGAGUGGAACUGGGGGAAGUGGAGCACAAUAUCGCACAGAGCCUUCCAGAUAUCGCUGGCCUUGAAGUUUUGGCGGAAGUAAUAAAACCGUCUGGAAGCGAUAGGACCAUGUUGGUGGCAUUCUUCAAGACUGUGAAUGGAAUAGAGGCGGCAGUUGGACCUUUGAUCGAAUCGUUAUCGCAGAUAAUGCCCUCAUACAUGGUGCCCUCAGCCUAUUUACCAGUCGAGGAGGUACCCAUGACGCAAACAGGCAAAACAGACCGACGCAAACUGCGUGAGCUCGGAGCCUCCUUAACCGUGGAGCAAAUCUCCAAUCUCAACAUGGCACGUAGUCCAUGGCGGCAGCCAGAAACUCGCAACGAGAGGUUACUUCAAAAACUGUGGGCAUCCGUCCUUGGGGUUCCAUCUAACAGUAUCGGGAACGAUGACAGUUUUCUGCGGAUCGGCGGAGAUUCCAUCCGAGCAAUGCGUCUAGUAGCUGCCGCACGACGUGAGGGAUUAUCUCUCACAGUGGCAGACAUCUUCAAUCAGCCGAAAUUGUGCGAUAUAGCCGCUUUCGUCGAAGGCUCCCUACUUUCCGACGAGCGAAUCAGCACCCCUGUCCAUCCGUACUCAUUGAUGGCCAGGGGCGUGGCUGAAGUGCGAGAUCUGCGGCAUGUAGCGGCCGAUCUCUGUGACGUGAAGCCAUGGCAAAUUGAAGAUAUUUUCCCAUGCACACCGCUUCAAGAGGGCCUACUCGCGUUGACAGCUAAAAUAGCAGACAGCUUUGUCGUGCGUAUCUCGUUGGAGUUCCAAUCCUCGGUGAACAUGGACCGAUUUAUGGCGGCGUGCGAAUAUGUAGUUCGAAACGCGCCCAUUCUACGGACACGAAUCGUCGACCUGGGUACACGCACACUGUCGCAGGUCGUCAUCACCGAGCCCAUAGAUUGGAACGUCGAGACUAACACGCAGCAUGUAAUGGGUCUUGGAACACCACUGACUCGGUUUGCGGUGAGGGAAGGUAAUAGCGGGAGGCGGUUCUUCGAGUGGACAAUGCAUCAUGCCAUGUGCGACGGCUGGUCAGUUCAGCUGCUCUCGGCCAUGUUGGAGGAUGCCUAUCGUGGCAAUUUGGUGCCAGAGCCUGCGCGCUUCCAGGAGUUUGUCCAAUACAUCAGAAGCGUGGACGAGGAGCAGGCCGAGGCCUUUUGGCGGAAACAUCUGGACGGAAACUCGUCGCAAUCUUUCCCACCGCGCCCAUGCAUUGGGUAUCAGGCCAAGUCAGAUGCCGAAGUAGCUCACCGCAUUGCGAAUCUCUGCUGGCCCAGGCGUGGCACGACGCCGUCGACGUUGAUCCAGGCAGCAUGGGCGAUACUGGUGGCACAGUACACUGCCUCCAACGACAUCGUGUUUGGAAGCACUAUUUCAGGGAGACAAGCGUCCGUGGCCGGGGUAGAGCAGAUGUUGGGGCCAACUAUUGCCACUGUGCCGGUUCGGGUUGUACUUGACUACGAGGGCAGCGUCGACCAGCUACUCCAUCAGAUGCAGGCGCACGAGCACGAAAGGACGCGAUUUGAGCAGAUGGGACUGCAGUGGAUCAGACGACUGGGCGCCGACGCAGAGGCGGCAUGUGACUUCCAAACCUUGCUCGUUGUGCAGCUGGGGGAGAGUGAGGCGGCCGAGGAGGGUGCCUUGUUUGUCUCAGGUGCUAGGAAUGCUUUUGAGCUUGGAGUUUUCAACCCGUAUGCCAUCAUGCUUGAAUGCCAGGCAGGUGAGCAUGGUGUGCAAUUUCGAGCCAGUUUCGACUCUAGCGCGAUUGACGCGGGACAAAUGACGCGGAUGAUGCUGCAGCUUGAGCAUAUUCUACGACAGCUGUGCAGGCCAGGUGGCGGCGCGAAGCUCUUGGGAAGGGUAGAAACGGCCAGCGAGCAGGACGUUCAUGACCUUGUAGCUUGGAAUGCUCCUGUGCCCAUGGCAGUCGAGGGGGUCUCGCACCAGUUUGUGCACGAUAUCAUCAGCUCGCUCGCGCAAGAGCAGCCUCUGGCACCAGCAGUUUGCGCAUGGGACGGGGAUUUGACGUAUCAAGAGCUGGAUACCAUGUCGUCGCAGCUCGCGCGCCGGUUGCGCCAAGCGGGGGUGGGUACGCUCCCGGAAAUGAUUGUGCCGCUGUGCAUGGACAAGUCCAAAUGGGUGCCUGUAUCGAUGCUCGGGAUCUUGAAAGCAGGCGCUGCCUUUGCCUCGCUUUCUCCUUCGCUGCCACAUGACCGGCUCGCAAACAUUCUGGAUUCUAUCAAGCCAAGGCCAACCGUGGUGGUGACGUCUGGUCAGCAGGCCAGCCGCUUCCCGCAUGCAACCAUCGUCUCUCCAGGGGAUGAUGGAUGCGUUGACGACGACGAAGAGAAGACGUUUGUGGCGGUGACGCCCUCUGGAACUGCGGUAGUGCUGUUCACCUCUGGAACCUCUGGGCGCCCGAAAGGCAUCAUGCUGGACCAUAUGGGCAUAGCGACGACAGCGCGAGGGCUUGGGCGCGACUUGCUUGCGGGCCCCACGACGCGCGUGUUCCAGUUUUCAUCGUACCUGUUCGAUGUGAGUAUCCAUGAGACGUUUAUGGUACUUACCCACGGCGGCUGCCUCUGUAUCCCUUCAGAAGCGGAGCGUGCGAAUGAUCCUGGCGCAGCGCUGGUGACGCUCCGCGCCAACUGGGCCUGUCUGGCGCCGUCCAUGGCGCGGGCCCUGCCAACUGAUAGCCUUCCGACUCUGGACACGCUGGUCUUCGCUGGCGAGGCGCUGACUGAAGACGAUGUUGUGAAGUGGACCGAGCACGUCCGCAUCUUCAACUGGUAUGGGCCUGCCGAGUGCGCCUUGUCUACUGUGACGCCUGUCCAUCUACCACGGUGGACCGACGGCAUGCUGCAGAGCGGCUCUCGCGCAUUGCCCAGCGCGAACGAGUGCUGGGUGGUGGGGAGCAACACACCACACACUUUGGCUCCGGUGGGUGCCGUAGGUGAGCUGGUAGUCCAAGGGCCCGGCGUGAUGAAGGGAUACCUCGCAUCGCCCUCGAUGGAUGUACUGCAUUUAGAGGCCCCACCCUGGCGGCAGCGGGCCGACCCGUGCACUAGCCUCCAUCGUCUAUACCACACCGGCGACUUGGUGCGCCGCAAUCUGGACGGCUCUCUCAUCUACAUCGGCCGGAAGGAUGCACAGGUCAAGAUCCGCGGGCAGCGCGUUGAGCUUGCCGACAUUGAGUACCACGUCCGUCGCGCCCUCAAUGCAGAGGCCGUGGUAGCUGACGUGCUGGGUGGCAGCCUGGUUGCCUUUGUCUACGCGCGCACCCUCGACCUCGACCUCGACCUCAUCGACAUCGACGGGCUCCUGGCCCAUGCCCUGCCUGCUUACAUGAUGCCGUCUGCAUACAUGGCCGUCGAUCACAUCCCGUUGACGGAGAACGGCAAGACUGACCGGCGGAAGCUGCGGGCCAUGGGUGCUCAACAGCUCGCCAUGCGCAAGCAGAAGCAAAAGCAAAAGCAAAAGCGGCAGCCCACAACGACCAAAGAGAGUCUGCUCCAGAAGCUCUGGAUAUCGGUGCUCCCUCGCGACCUCGACGUCGAGAUUGGCGUCGAAGACAACUUCAUUCGCACCGGCGGCGACUCCAUUGCCGCCAUGCGUUUGGUUGCCGCCGCCCGCAACCAAGGUCUUUCUUUCACCGUCGCCGAUGUGUUUAAGCAGCAGCGCCUGUGCGAUCUCGCC